AUGGACGGCCGCCUAGACGCUGACCUGUACCCUCUGGGAUCCGGCUACGUCCCUGAAAUUGACAGUGUCCAUGACAUAUCAGUUGGCACAAAGAGGGGAUCCGACGAACUCUUUUCUUCCUGCAUAUCCAACGGGCCCUAUAUCAUGAGCUCAGCCAAUGGCAACGACAGCAAAAAAUUCAAAGGCGACAUCCGGAGCCCCGGUGUUCCGUCACGCGUUGUCCAUGUGCGCAAGCUGCCCAACGACAUCAACGAGGCUGAAGUCAUUAGCCUGGGACUGCCCUUUGGAAAGGUCACCAACCUGCUGAUGCUGAAAGGAAAAAACCAGGCGUUCCUGGAGCUGAACAGUGAGGAAUGUGCCCAGACGAUGGUGAGCUACUACUCCUCAGUCACCCCCGUCAUAAGGAACCACCCAAUCUACAUGCAGUACUCGACCCACAAGGAGCUCAAGACUGACAACUCUCCCAAUCAAGCGCGUGCCCAGGCAGCACUGCAGGCAGUGAACGCGCUGCAUGGUGGAGGGAUGGGAGGCAUGGCCAUGUCAGCAGAGGCAGGUACCAUGGGAGGCACAACAGCCCAAAGCCCUGUACUCAGAGUGAUAGUGGAGAACCUCUUCUACCCUGUCACCCUGGAUGUCCUGCACCAGAUCUUCUCCAAGUUCGGCACUGUGCUGAAGAUCAUCACCUUCACCAAGAACAACCAGUUCCAGGCUCUAGUCCAGUAUGCUGAUGGCAUGACAGCUCAGCACGCUAAACUGUCUCUGGAUGGCCAGAACAUCUACAAUGCCUGCUGUACCCUGAGAAUCAGCUUCUCCAAACUCACCAGCCUCAAUGUGAAGUACAACAAUGACAAAAGCAGAGACUACACCCGGCCAGAUCUGCCCACUGGGGACUCCCAGCCCUCCAUUGACCACCAGGCCAUGGCAGCUGCUGCAUUUGCUGCCCCAGGCAUAAUCUCACCCUCUCCCUAUGGUGGAGCUCAUGCCUUCCCCCCGACCUUUGCCAUCCAGCAGGCUGCAGGCUUGUCAGUGCCUGGUAUUCCUAGUGCCUUGGCGUCACUGGGUGUCAGCCAUGGUGGCGUAGCUGCUGCUGCAGCCGCUGCCAGCCGGCUCGGCCUGUCAGGGUUUGCAGCCGCCGGGGGACACAAUGUCCUAUUGGUCAGCAAUCUCAACCCUGAGAGCGUUACGCCACACUGCCUCUUUAUUCUUUUCGGUGUGUAUGGCGACGUGAUGAGAGUGAAGAUCCUGUUCAAUAAAAAGGAGAAUGCUCUGAUCCAGAUGUCAGAUGGCACACAGGCUCAGCUAGCUAUGAGCCACCUGAAUGGCCAGCGGCUUCAUGGCAGGGCCAUGCGUGUGACCUUGUCCAAACACACCACGGUGCAGCUGCCCAGGGAAGGCCACGAGGACCAGGGCCUCACUAAGGACUACAGCAAUUCACCACUGCACCGUUUCAAGAAGCCGGGCUCCAAGAACUACUCAAACAUUUUCCCCCCCUCUGCCACACUCCACCUCUCCAACAUACCGCCUUCCGUGGUGGAGGAUGACCUGAGGGGGUUGUUUGCCAGCUCAGGAGCCACAGUCAAGGCCUUCAAGUUCUUUCAAAAGGACCGUAAGAUGGCCUUGAUCCAGAUGGGCUCAGUCGAGGAAGCCAUCGAGUCCCUCAUCGAGUUCCACAAUCACGAUCUGGGGGAGAACCACCACCUCAGAGUCUCCUUCUCAAAGUCCACCAUCUGAGUGCUCUUCACCCAAGUGCCCUUCCUUCCUCCCUCCAAGUCUGUUGCCAUCUGAGUGCCCUUAUCCCAAGGUUGCCUUCAGUGGAAAUAGCCACCAUUACAUAUUUAUGGCUGUUUCUUUCCAGAACGUUGCCCCUAAAGCCCCACCUUUGUAGUCAUUCCAUGUUAUUAAUUUGAUAUGUCAUCAGUGGAGUCUAAAGUGGGGUCUUGACAAAUGGGCAGUAUUCUGCAAUGAAACGUCUCAUUAUAUUGGAGGUAAAAUAGGGGCAGCUGAACUGUCACUUUAGACCAAAUUGCUUAAAAACGACACCCUCCACCGUGGAUAUAUACUUAUGUGGAUGAGUCAAAUCCACACCAGACACACUUCAGCAUUCCUUUACUAUUACUAUACUUGUAUGGAUAUACCUAAUGUGUGUGUGCCUUUUGAAUUGCCACUUUGAACCUAUUGGGCCAGUCAGGAGUUUGAGGCAGGACUUUCUUGUGGUUCCUAGACCACCAAACAUGUUUUUUGUUGUACCUGGAGUCAUCAUCUAUUUUUAUUAUCAGUGCCCACCUGUUUGCUUUUGGGGAUCCAUACCACUAGCUUAAGUCACUUACUGAGGAAGCUUUAUUUUCUCUAAUAUCUUUUUUCUAUAGUCUUGUGCCUUACUUUGCCCCAACCAAAUUGCCUUAAACAUUGCUCUGGCUUAAUUUGGAAAUGACCCGGCUCUUAAAAUGCCUUCCUUCAUGCCUUUUAAUUUGUACCAGCAUUGUUCUAAGGGGGGGAAAGUGGCUCAUUCAAUUUUCUGUUUUUCUUUAAACAGAGUUAUGUUCAUAUGAGGAUUUGUGUGCAUAUAGCCCCGAUAUAUCUUAUGUAGAAAUUAUGAAUGUAAGUCAAAUAGAUGCCUAAUAUCCUUGCUAGGUGCUGUAGCUCUGGUAGGUGUGUUGUGGCAGGAGUAGAGCUGUAUCCAGCCUUCCUGUCUUUCAGUCCCCAUGCACCUCUAUUUACUCCUCUCGCUAGAGGCAUUGCUGUAUGAGGCCUCGUUUAACCAUAUUAUAUUCUAUAGGUGAUCACCUUUUCUAUUCUUCAGUAUCUUUUUUAUGUUAGUAUUUACAUGUGUAUCUUCUAUACUGUACUGAUAUCUUUGUGUAGUGGCUGGAUAUGAUAACAAUCACCGUGCCUUGACUCCCUGAGUUAGUAUCUUUGAGGAUGAAACAUUUCUGGCUUGGGCCGUUGACCAUAUUUACCUCUCAUUCAGGUGUUUAUCUUACUCUACCUGCCUACAAAGAUGCUCUCUUCCCCUUAGAUUCAGGUAAUCCUACCUGUUGCCUUGGGAGAGGAAAUCGGAGGCAUUUGACAAUUGAUGUUGAGGGCAGGGCUGGUCAAAUCAUUACAAUCUACCAGCUGGUUUGUGUUUCUAAUAUCCCAGUAGGUUUUUAAAAAAUCUUAUUCAGGACAAUGGGGUGGGACAGACCUCCCUCUUUCCCUGUCCACUUAGGUUCCAGUCAGGUUCUUUAGUGCACUUUGCCUCCAUGUUCGGUCCAAGUUGGCACCAUCACGCUGAAGUCUUAAACGUUAUCACAUUCCUGUGUGCCUCCAGCACCGGUUUCCACAGCCUCGACCACAGUAAUCUUGGACCAGAUACAGAUGCACUCUGUCUCUAUUUUUGUAAAAGAUUGUUAUGCAUGGUUUAACAAAGCUUCAUGUAGCUACAGACGGUUAUUGCUGUUAAGGACCAAAGUAUCUUCCACCCCUGCUGUUUUCAAAUGUUUCAAGUGUUGUGAUCUUAAAUGUUUAUUUUUUCACAUUCCUGCAGUUCCACAAAUAGACAAGGUUGCAGACACCACUUUUUUCCCAUUCCUCAGAAGCCUUGGACAAACGUCACAUGAAGUUAAAUUAUCUUUUGGAUAACUACUCAUACUGUACAUUGUACCCUCUUGUUUAAUUGACUUUAAAAAGAGCCUACGUUGGUAGAGAAUGCUUUAGAAUGGAUACUUAAUUGAACCACAGUUAUAGCUGUGACAUUGAUGGUGUAGUAGAUUAUAUAUGCCUGUCCUUUUUCGUUAAAAGCUUUUAUUUUUCAUUCUUUUUAUAUGGGGGCGGGGAGGGUUUAAGCGUUGUAUGAAGCAGGGUUGAUGGUUGUAUAUAUUCAUGUUUUUGUACCACAAAAUAAUUUGGAUUAUAUCCACUUUACAUUCAAAACAUGUAUAUUUUGAUAAAACAACAGUACAGACCUAUUAAGCUCUUUGGAGCUGUAAAGACAAUUUUUGUACCACAAAGACAUUAAACCUAUCUGAACACAGAA